AAAAAGGUCUCCCACCAUUAACUCUGCGAAAGCUUCAACGAUUGCGAAGUCAACACUAUCCAUUACUGUAGUGGACACGCCUCCCACUAAAACACCUUCAUCCGUGCCAUGUCCAUAAUAAAGAAAGGAGCAAUUGGGUUAGGGAGGGCGAUUGAUGGAGGAGAAGGAGCAGAAGGCCCGAACUUUGGUGCAGCGCCUGAGCUCCGUCGCCGCGGAAUCGAAGUCCGCUGCCGAAGCCAUCGCGGAGAUCCGCCGCCUGUCGAAGCAGGACCCGGAGAUGCGCGCCCCCCUCGCCGACGCCGGCGCCAUACCCCUCCUUGCCGCCCGCCUCCUCAACCACCACCACCAUCACUCGUCUGCGGCCGAGGCCCAGGAGAACGCGGCCGCUGCCCUCCUCAACCUCUCCAUCUCUGCCCGCGAGGCGCUCAUGUGCACCCCGGGCAUCCUCGACGCCCUCGCCGCAGCCCUCCGCCUCCUCUCCCCCGUCGCCGCCCAGCACGCCGCCGCAACCCUCUACAGCCUCCUCUCCGUCGAAGCGUACCGCUCCGUCAUCGGGUCAAAGAAGCCCCUCAUCGCCGCCCUCGUGGACCUCCUCGGCGCUCCCGGCGCGCCGACUAGGUCCAUCAAGGACGCGCUCAAGGCCCUCUUCGGCCUGGCCCUCUACCCGCUCAACCGCACCGCCCUCGUCGAGCUGGGCGCCGUGCCGCCCCUCUUCGCGCUGGUGGUAAAGGACGGGCGGAGGGGGUUGGUGGAGGACGCGUCGGCGGUGAUCGCCCAGGUGGCAGGAUGCGACGAGAGCGUGGAGGCGUUCCGGAGGGUGGACGGCGUCAGCGUCUUGGUGGAUCUGGUGGUUGGGGGGAGCGGGAGGGCAAGGGAAAACGCUGCGGCUGCGCUGCUGAACCUGGUAAAGAGCGGCGGGGACAAGGCGGUGGGGGACGUCAGGGAGGUGGACGGGGCGGAGGCGGCCGUGAGGGCUCUGGCCAGCGGCGACAGUGGGGUGAGCGCGAGGGGAAAGAGCAAGGCGGAGGCUCUGCUGACGGUUCUGGAGAGCCGGCCGGGGAGCCAGUUGCAGCGUAUUGAUGAUUCCGAAACCGGCACCGAUGACUCCGUGCCGCAUACGCCGCUUUCUUAUUCUUCUCCCACUUCCUCCCCGUAAGACUUAAAAGUCAAUAGUUGCAUCCCUCUCCAUCCACUAAUUGAUUUUUGUUCACAAAGAGUUUUGACGGCUUUCUAUAUGAUGAGUUAAAUUGAUUUUAGGUAAAUAAUGAUAUAUUUAGGGAUUACAUAUUCAAUGUUUUAAAUAUCAAAAUUAUUUUAAAGUAAACCAUAAUCUUUUUUAAUGGAUCAAAAAUUAUAUUUAUCUUUUUAGAUUAUUAAAAAAUAUUAAGUAUUUUUUUUAUAAAAAUAUAAUGGAGAAUCUUAUGAUAAACUAUUAAGAUCUUUAUUAGUUAGAUUAAUUAAUACCUUUAUAAAAAAAAAAAGCAGUGGAAUGAGAUUUCAAACUCUCAUCCUCUGAGUUAGUUUUGAAGUUACUUUUUUUUAACAUAAAUAUAUAUAUAUAUAUAUAUAUUUAUCAAUUAUUUUUUUACCUUAUGCCUUUGAUUUCACUUGUAUAAUCCCUUUCUUGAGAUGGCAACUUUAUUUUUUUACUUUGUGUGUGCCUUUGUAUCUCAUAUCAUAAAUUAAAUGAUUGCAUGAGUCCUUUGUGUAGAAUUAUGUUUU